AAGUACUAAGACUGCAACCAUCCCCUCCGCGAGUGCGGAACGACAUUAGCAAUUUCCUGAGGCCGCCAGAGGCUGAACUUCGGAAGUCCAACCCAUACACGCCUCUAUGGGCGGAUUUUCCUCAUUCGGCCGUGGCGUCCUUGGAGCUAUCGCUGUUGCUCCUCCUAUUCUCCGAGUAGUGGCGGCGGCGUGGCCUGUAGUAGACCUGAAGGCAGCAUGGGGGACACGCUAGAUGAGCCCUGGUGGGAAACACGUGAGGCGAGGAGCAGCAGUCCAGGUACCGGGGCAGGAGGAGCUGCUGAAUCCAUGGAAGAAGCCACUGGUUCAAGUAAAGAAAUUCAGCAAUGUGCAAAUCCUGAGGCUGUUUCCUCAAAGAAAAGAAAACAGCCUAAAGAAUGUUACCCUACUGCAGAAAAAGAGCAGUCCAAGGAGAAAGAAGAAAGUGAAGUGAAACCAAAAAGGAGGAGAAAGAAGAAAAUUUCUGAGAUUCUUGCAAAAUCAUCUCCCAAACCAGGAGCCCCAGAAGACUUGCAAAAACUCCUUAAGGAACACUUUGGUGCUAAACGUUCAGUGAUUGAAUUAGAAGAAUUAAAAUUGCCAGAUGCCUGCUUUCUCCCUGCCAAUGACCUCACUCACAGUUUUUCUUCCUACCUGAAGGAAAUCUGCCCCAAAUGGGCGAAGCUCCGUAAAAACCACAAGGAGAAGAAGUCAGUGGUGAUGCUGAUAAUGUGCAGUUCUGCUCUUCGCUGUCUGGAACUCAUCAAGUCAAUAACAGCAUUCAAAGGAGAUGGCAAGGUUAUGAAAUUGUUUGCAAAACACAUAAAAAUACAAGAACAGGUGAAGAUGCUGGAGAAAGGUGUCAUCCAUGUGGGUGUUGGGACACCUGGAAGGAUAAAAGCACUUGUAGAGCAAGAGGGCCUUAACCUGACAUCCUUGAAGUACCUCAUCUUAGACUGGAAUUGGAGAGACCAGAAGUUAAGAAGAUUAGUCGACAUCCCUGAGAUAAGGAAAGAAACAAUUGAGCUUCUGGAGAUGGAACUGAUCAAACUGUGCAGAGAGGGCUCUGUGAAGUUGGGACUCUUCUAAUUAAAUACAACCUGUAUAGCGGAAUUCAACUCAUCCUCCAGUCUGUACUUUUUAUACUGCUAUGAGAACUAUUUUGCUGAGAGGUGUUAUGUAGAUAUUAUAAGUAUUAACAAUGCAUUGCAUUGCAGCUGGACAAGUUGAGGCGUUUCACUUUUUAAAUGCCUGACAGAUGUACGUGUUGGAUUCUUUUUUCUAAUAAAACAACCUUUUGCACAUA